UUCAUGAGAGAGUCCGAUCUGAGAUCAGUGGAGUGUCUGAUGCUGUAAACAAACGCGGAGGAUCCGGUACUCGGACGAUAUUUAUGAAAUAUAAAGGAUGGAAAUAAGGCCUCCGAGUUUCACACACAAGUAUGUUUUAUUGUGUGUCUCCGCGGUGUUUGUUUACGCUGGCGUGUGUGGCGUGUCAGCGAUAGACGUGUUCACUCCAGCCGAGGUGUUUGUGGAGAACGGGACCACAGUCACUCUGUCCUGCAGCUUCAAGUCUAGAGAAGUGAUCAGUAGUUCAGCGUCAGUGACCUGGUCUUUCCUUCCGGAGGGAGAAACCGGAGCGUCCACUUCAAUCUUCUAUUACACUGCGGGGAGGUCGUUUCCGGGCUCGGUGCCGCAGUUUAAGUCUCGCGUGGAAUGGGCCGGAGACAUGAACAAGAAGGACGCGUCGAUCCGUGUGAUCCAGAUGCAGUUCAAGGACAACGGGACGUUCAGCUGCGACGUGAAGAAUCCUCCGGACAUCUCCGGACAGAUGUCCAUCACUAAAGUCAGUGUGGUCAUGAAAGAAGCUCUUCCUCAGACUAGCACAGCGGUGAUCGUGGGGGGGGUGAUCGGAGCCGUGAUCGGCAUCAUCAUCAUCGCUGUGGUCACCUACCUGAUCAUCAGACGACAGGAGUCCAGUCACGACUACAGAGGCUGCACCUCGUUAGAGAGUGUGAGCUCACAGAACACUAGGGUGGGGAAGAAAGCGGAGUCUAGCAACGACAACUCACUCUGCUCCAGCCCCUCCGCCCCCAUACAGGGGCCAGUGAUUUACGCCCAGCUCGAUCACUCCAGCAGCAAGAACUCCUUCCACAAGAUGGAGCCGGUGGUGUACGCAGACAUCCGCAAGAACUAGAGCGCCUGGGGUCAGACGGGUCAGACGGGGGGGUUAGUACUGGACUGGUGACGGCACCUGACCACAGACUCUUUCUUCUGCUUCUGUGUGUGUUUUCAUAUCAGUGUUAAUGUGAGUUUCUAGACUAAUAUCUCUCUCCUCGUGUCUCACCACUCUAACUAAAUACACUUUACCUUGAGAAGAUGUUACACAUUUUUAUAGGAUC